AGCUGAGCUGCGUUUAGCGCUGCUCCGACUCGUCCUCUCCUCCCUCCCAGAUCUCGAUGGGGAAGUCACCGGUGCCACCAACCUUGCGUGCUACAUGCAGGACCCCGACUUCGGAUACCAGGACUUUGCCCGGCGCGACGAGGAUCAGACGCAGGUAUUCAGAGUCCAGGAUUACUCCUGGGAAGACCACGGCUUCUCACUGGUGAACCGGCUCUACUCCGACAUCGGGCAUCUCCUGGAUGAGAAGUUUCGCAUGGUGGAUGGUCUGCAAAGCAGCGCCAUGGCCAAGCGGCAGGGCUGCGAACCCUCGGUCUUCAAGCGGGGCAUCUGGAACUACAUCCACUGCAUGUUCGGCAUCAGGUAGCUAAACCUCCCCGUCUCCCGGCCUCGCGAGGAAAACCACGCUGAGCUAGGCGCAGGAGCGCGGCCUGCUUCGGCUGCGUCCCCAGGCGCUCUGGGAUGUCCUGCAGACUGGCUUGGAAAAGAGAUGGGGCCAGGAGAUGGAGAAAAUCCUCAGCUUCUCCGGCCGGGAGAGGGCACUUUGCUGCCGCGAUGACAGUGGUGUGCACCGCAGCCGUCCCGUGCCACCCUGGGGGGCCGUGCCAAGGCUUUCUGGGG